UGUCGAAAGAAAUUCAUGCAAUAUUGCCAGCAGUCAAUUGAAAACCUCGUCUACACCGCUUCACCAUCGAUCUAACACUGCAUAUUUCCCUCUUUUCAUCUUUAUCAUAUCUAUCUUUUAAUAUCUCUCUGUUUAAUUUAUUUCACUUUGAUACUCGAUCGUAUAAUAGUUUGAGUGAAUAAUUAAUUAAGUUGGGGUUGAAAUGAUGGAUUUUGUAAACACAUUCCUUAAUUUCGCAGCCCCUCCAUUCACUUUUAUAACACUAUAUUUUAUGCUGCCUCCAUUUCAGAUUAUUAAGUUUUUCAUGUCCAUCUUCUCCUCCAUCUUCCCCGAAGAUGUUUCCGGCAAAGUCGUCCUAAUUACUGGCGCUUCCUCUGGCAUUGGCGAGUAUCUAGCCUAUGAAUAUGCCAAAAGAGGUGCAUGUUUGGUGCUAUCGGCUAGAAGAGAAGGAAGCUUAAAUGAAGUUGCAGAGUUAUGUAUAGAGUUAGGCUCGCCCAAAACAAUAGUGGUGCCAGUUGAUGUUGCCAAAGUUGAAGAUUGCAGACGAAUUGUUGAUGCUACCAUAACACAUUUCGGAAGAUUGGAUCAUCUAGUGAAUAAUGCUGGGAUUGUUGGGGUUGGUCAAUUUGAUGAACUAAAAGAUGUCACAAGAAUGAGACCUGUUAUGGAUAUUAAUUUCUGGGGCUCAGUGUAUAUGACCCGGUUCGCAAUCCCUUAUCUCAAAAACACUAGAGGCAAGAUUGUUGCAUUGUCAUCUUCAGCAUCAUGGAUGCCCGUACCAAGAGAAAGUUUCUACAAUGCAAGCAAAGCAGCAUUGUUAGCGUUCUUUGAGACGCUCAGGGUGGAAUUAGGUACCGACAUUAAGAUAACGAUUGUGACACCUGGUAUAAUAGAGUCUGAGUUUACCAAGGGCAAGGUCUGGACUGAGAGUGGCAUGAAAGUUGACCAAGAUCUAAGAGAUGUGCAAGUGAAUUUAAUACCAGUUGGAACAGUUGAAGGAACUGCAAAGUCCAUAGUUCGCAGCAUAUGCCGUGGUGACCGAUACGUGACGGUGCCUGCAUGGUUUAAAGUGACGUACUUCUUGGAGAUGUUGUGCCCCGAGGUGCUAGAGUGGUCAUACCGUUUGAUGUUCCUUACAAGCACAGACAACACACCAACAGGAGCAAUAGGGAAACAUAUGGUGGAUUUUCCAGGGGCUAAGGCAAUGUUAUAUCCUCCUGGUAUCCAGUCGCCUGAUAUCAAGACACGCUGAUACAAGGGAAGUCUUGUAACGCUGAAUACUUUAUGUUAAAGAUUUCUUCGUUUUUCAUUUGAGUUGUGUAGAAAGUUGAUGUAAGUAAUUAUGCGGGUAGUAGUCUAUAGUUAAUAAUGUUUUGUUGCACGUACCAUUAAUGAAAUAACUAGAGUGAAGUUUGGCAAA